AUGACCGCCACCGUACCGCUCCCAGACGCACCUUGGCCUGAGGGUACAGACCCCGCCGUCAUCGCCAAAUCUGAACUGCAAUCGCAAGUACGCGAUGCUACAGAGUGGGCGACAAAUUCGGAUCCUUCACAAGGGGGUUUUGUGCAUAUGGAACUGUAUAGGCGUAUUCAGGAAUGGGUGAAGAACCCAGAUGCGUUGGAGAUCAUAGAUGGAAUCCUGCAGCAGAGGUUGACUAUGGCCUUCCCGGCUAAUCACAAGGCUCUGUUCUUGACGCAGCUCAUCCCACGAGAUAGUCUCGCCCCAUACGCACCCCUCCUCAAACCCCUCUCAGAGCCUCCACCAGACGCCGCGGGUGCCAACUUCAACUUUCUCAUCACCACCCUCGCUGCCUCCCUCCACACUCUUGCCGACCUCGAAGCCAAGAACGUAGAGGCAAAGAAGAAGGCAGAUGAAGAGGCAAAGAAGAAGGCGGAAGAAGAUGCGUUGUGGGAGCGGACGGCGGAACUGUAUGGGUGGGGAAGCAGGCCGGAGAUGUGGUAUGGUGGAUAUGCUGGAGGGUAUGGACCUUAUCCCAUGCCUGGAGCUUAUGCGCCCAUACCACUCCCAGAAGCGGCGCCGCCGGAGCCACCCAAAAAGAAGGUGUCUUGGUUUCCGCCCAUCUCUCAGGAUGAUUGGUGGGUGGGGAAAGGGGGACCGGAUGCAAAGCCCGCUUGA